GCGGGGUGUAGCAAGAUGGCGGCGACGGAACGUCACUUCCGCUACAGAAAAGAAAGCAGGAUCGGUCUCCUAGCAACAAGACAUGUAAACACAUCUCUGUCCGGAGCUGUAGUAUCCAGAGAAGCUGCUGCAGAGUCCGGAUCCGGGACAGUCACCGCUGUAAUGAGUGCCACUUCCCAGCCAUCGCCCGGACUGUCCAUGAAGCCUCCCAGCAUAUAUGUGGAGAAGACCUUGGCUCUCAUUAAGCCAGAUGUGCUUCACAAAGCGGAGGAGAUCGAGGACAUCAUCUGCAGAAGUGGCUUCCUCAUUAUUCGGAAGAGAAAAGUCCAUCUGAGCCCUGAGCAAUGUAGCGACUUUUAUUCGGAACAAUAUGGUAAGAUGUUCUUCCCCAGCCUGACAGCGUACAUGAGCUCAGGACCAAUCAUUGCCCUGGAACUGGCCAGACAUAAUGCCAUCGCCACCUGGAAAGAACUAAUGGGACCUUCAAAUAGCCUGAAAGCUAAAGAAACUCACCCAGACAGUCUGAGGGCCAUUUAUGGAACGGAUGAUCUACGCAACGCUGUUCAUGGAAGCUACUGCUUCACUUCAGCCGAACAAGAGAUCCGCGUCAUGUUUCCAGAUGAGACCAUUGAACCUGUGCCUACGGGAAGCGCUGCAAGAGAUUAUCUGAGCCUUUUUGUGAACCCAACUUUGCUAACUGGACUCACAGAGCUCUGCAAGCAAAAGCCAGCCGAUCCCCUGACCUGGCUGGCGGACUGGCUUCUGACACACAACCCCAAUAGACCAGACAUCCAAGAAAAGUCCAUUUAAACAUCAGGCUGUUGGCCUGACUUGUGGCGGGGAGUUUCUCUUUGUACUUUUUUUAUGUUUCAUAUUUACAUAUAAUAUUGUAAAACGUUAAUAAAAAAAAAAUUGACAAAAAA